UCGGCGAUGGAUAUGCCGGGAAUUUGAUGGCAAAGGCCCCGAUGACAGGCAGAGGCUACUGAUUCAUCCCACACUCGCGGGCUUUCUCUGUCAUCUGCUCUUGGAAGUAUGGCAGCCCUGCUCGCCAAUUCUGCAGUGUUGGGCUCUACGGUUGCCGCGUCUGCUGCCAGUUGUUCCGACCAUGAGUCUCGAGGGUAUGGAUUUCGAAACGGGCACUGCAAAGUCGGACGAUUCGGUAGAGGGAAUUAUCUCUCAAUCGGAGGAAGAGAUAAUUUCUCCAGCCCAUGGCCGAGGCUGAGCCGGGAUUCCAUGCGGAGUUUGGCUGUCUCCUCCUUUGAAUUGAUGCCACCUCCUAUUGAUAACGACCUUCAUGAAAUUAUGAGGGAUGAGGGUGCAGAAAUUGACGACAAUGGUGUCGUUAUGACUUUUGGUAAUGACGAUGAAGCGAUUGCAGCUGCAGAGCAAGGAGUUGCGGUUGUCGACAUGUCCAACUAUGGCCGCUUGAGAGUGACUGGAGACGACCGCUUGCACUUCCUUCACAAUCAAAGCACAGCAGAUUUCAAGACGAUGAAGGCAUCUCAGGGGUGUUACACGGUUUUCACAACGCCCACAGCGAGAACUAUCGAUCUCGCCAAAGCAUGGGUCAUGACCAAUUCCGUUAUCCUCGUGCUUUCACCAAGUACACGAAAAAGUAUCUUUGAUCGACUUAACAAGUAUAUUUUCUUCGCAGAUAAGGUGGAAAUAGAGGAUAUUACUGACAAGACUUACUUAUUCUCAAUAACGGGUCCAUCUAGUGACGAGCUUUUGAGGAAGCUCAAUCUCGAGGAGAUAAUCGGAAAACCUUUUGGGACACAUCUUCAUUAUGCGGUAGAAGGAACUCCUGUUACCAUUGCAGUCGGAAGUGGAUAUGCCGGAGAAGGUUACUCGAUGUUGCUUUCAACAUCCACAGCCGGAUUUGUCUGGGAAACACUCCUCAAGUCGGGGGCAGUGCCGAUGGGUGCUACCGCAGCGGAACGUCUUCGAGUUCUGCAAGGAAAGCCAGCACCUGGUAGUGAGCUCACUGAUGAUUACAACGUUCUGGAGGCUGGGCUUUGGAGGACUAUAUCAUUGACAAAAGGUUGCUACAUAGGGCAGGAGACCAUCGCAAAGCUCAUAACCUAUAAUGGAGUGAAGCAAGAACUCUGGGGAAUCGAGUUAGAAGCUGCAGUAACACCGGGAACCCCGAUUAUGGUGGAUGGCCAAAAGGUUGGCAAGCUAACCAGCUGCACAAUUGGCCGGGAUAAUUCAAAGUACUUCGGCUUGGGAUACAUCAAGAAUAAGGCAGGGGGUGCUGGUAUCCAAGUCGAUGUGGCUGGAGUUUCCGGAACGGUAGUGGACAUUCCUUUCAUCACAAGAUCGCUUCCUGAAUAGGUGGAGGUGAUUUUUAUGGCGUUGUAAAGUGGCUUUAGCAAAAACUAUUAAAAAAAUAUCAUAAUCUGGUGUAGGCUUCGUAUAACUUGCUCAAUCACUACAUUCCCCAGUGGUUCAUGUCUCUCCUUGAAUAUUAGAAAGGUCCAACCCUGGAAAUUUGUGGAAGUGUUUGCUCCAAUCCUUAUCAGUAGUUGCACUCCAAAUCCACUUCACGCCACUAAGUUAGUUAAGAGACGAAAAUGCUGGAUCCCAGUUGAAGAUUCCAAAUCCUCUUCAAGCUCUCGAGGCAAGGGAACACCUGAGCAAAAGCUAGAAUUGUGAGAUCCAAUCGCAGCCCGGGAUG